AUGUUUCUAAGUUCCCUCUUCAUUUGGAAGGAUAAAACAUCAGUGACUGAGGAGUUUGGGGGUCCCAGGAAUGUACCAUGGGGUAUGACGUCACCAGAUUCACAGGGGAGGUGGAUGAAGACCUUCUGUGCCCGAUCUGUAGUGGGGUCCUUGAGGAACCAGUUCAGGCUCCACACUGUGAACAUGCCUUCUGUAACGCCUGCAUCACUCAGUGGUUCGCACAGCAGCAGAUUUGUCCUGUGGAUCGUACAGUCGUGA